UCUCUCUCUCACCUCUCCCCCUCCUCCUCUUCCUCCUCCUCCUCUAUGCGGGGCUCUGGCCAGUCAGUCGCCUUUGAUUAUCAGUCUCUAGCAGCCCCUCUCUUGGCUCCUUGACAUGAGCACCAUAUAAGGCUCAGCGAUCUCCAUAGAAACGUGUCAGUUUCAAUAGUAGUGUCAAAGUUCACUAUAUACAGACAUUCGCGCAGAUCCCCCCGUUUCGGAAACAUUGCUCUGCAGCUCCUCUACCUUUAAAGCAUUUUUUGGGAGGCUCUCUCUUCUUUUUCUUCUUGCAUAUUCUACUAGUUGUUUUUUUUCUUCUGCUGCUGCUGCUGCUGCUGGCUGGCUGGCUGGCUUUUUUCCCUUCUGUGAUAUCUUUUCUCCGUGGCUCCAGCUGGAGGAGAGGUGAAAGUCUUACACGGCGUGGACUCUAUUCGCGGCUGCUCGCCUCGAGAAGAUGAUGAUGAUGAUGAAGAUGACCAUGAUCUUUAUUUAAGAAUAUAGACGCGCCAAAUCUGCAGUUUUUGUGCUUGUGUGCGCGCGUGUGUGUGCGUUCGCUGCGCUGCGCACACAGCGAAGACAGACUGGGAGAAAAGGAGAAAGGAAUUUAUACACCGCAGCACUUUGGAUCCAGCGUCUUUCCGUCACAAGAAGGUUUUUUUUUCUAUUUAUUUAUUUAUUUGUAGAAAUACUCGCUCGUGUGAAGUGCUUUUCCUUUGUGGCUAUUUUUCCAUCAAAGUGGGGUUUUUUUUAACCCUAACACGUCUGGACUCGCCUUUUCCUCCACGAGUGGGGAUUCCUGAAUGGCUCAGUGCAAUUUACCUUGGAACUGGCCUCCCGAUACUUGCAUAUCGUGAUCGGGUCGUUCCUUUCCAGCCGUCCGCCGCUAUUUUGAAUGUAUUGACUUCCCCCUCCUCAUCUAUGAGAUUCCGUGCACCGAUUUGACUUUGCGGCCAUCUAGCAGAAAAGCUUUUUUUUUCUCCCAUACACGCUCCAGAACCAGCAGCGACCAUUUCGCUCUACAGCACUUUCCGGGGCCGAGAUAUGGCAAUGGUAGUUAGCGUGUGGCGAGAUCCGCAGGAAGACGUGGCCGGAGGACCUCCGAGCGGCCCCAACCCCGCAGCGCAGCCGUCGAGGGAGCAGCAGCAGGCGGCGUCGGCGGCGCCGCACACCCCGCAGACCCCGAGCCAGCCGGGACCCCCGUCCACGCCGGGCACGGCCGGGGACAAGGGCAGCCAGAACUCGGGGCAGAGCCAGCAGCACAUCGAAUGCGUGGUGUGCGGGGACAAGUCGAGCGGCAAGCACUACGGCCAGUUCACCUGCGAGGGCUGCAAAAGUUUCUUCAAGAGGAGUGUACGCAGGAACUUAACGUACUCGUGUCGCGCCAAUAGGAACUGUCCCAUCGACCAGCACCACCGGAACCAGUGCCAAUACUGCCGACUUAAGAAGUGCUUAAAAGUGGGCAUGCGGCGGGAAGUUCAGCGAGGACGAAUGCCUCCAACCCAGCCCAACCCAGGCCAGUACGCGCUGACCAACGGGGACCCCCUCAACGGCCAUUGCUAUCUGUCCGGAUACAUCUCGUUAUUGCUGCGGGCCGAGCCCUACCCCACGUCCCGGUACGGGAGCCAGUGCAUGCAGCCCAACAAUAUCAUGGGCAUCGAGAACAUCUGCGAGCUGGCGGCUCGGUUGCUCUUCAGCGCCGUGGAGUGGGCCAGAAACAUCCCUUUCUUUCCCGACCUGCAGAUCACCGACCAGGUGUCCCUUCUCAGGCUGACGUGGAGCGAGUUGUUUGUGCUUAAUGCCGCCCAGUGCUCCAUGCCCCUUCACGUGGCCCCUCUGCUGGCCGCGGCGGGCCUGCACGCCUCGCCCAUGUCCGCGGACCGCGUCGUGGCUUUCAUGGACCACAUCCGGAUCUUCCAGGAGCAAGUGGAGAAGCUCAAAACCCUGCACGUAGACUCGGCAGAGUACAGCUGCCUCAAGGCCAUCGUGCUCUUCACGUCAGACGCUUGCGGCCUGUCGGACGCUGCCCACAUCGAGAGCCUGCAGGAGAAAUCCCAGUGCGCCCUGGAGGAAUACGUGCGCAGCCAGUACCCCAACCAGCCCAGCCGCUUUGGCAAGCUUCUGCUGCGGCUGCCCUCCCUCCGCACCGUGUCCUCGUCGGUCAUCGAGCAGCUCUUCUUCGUCCGCUUGGUAGGUAAAACUCCUAUUGAAACGCUCAUCAGGGAUAUGCUAUUAUCCGGGAGCAGCUUCAACUGGCCUUACAUGUCCAUCCAAUGAUGCUUGUAAUGACACACACACACAAAAAAAGAGAGGACAAGGACCAAAAUUCAGCACCCAUCCUCUAAGAAGACUAUACGUAUCAGACUUUUUCUUGACAACUUUGGAAGACCUUUGCCUCCUUUCUUCCUCCCCACCCACCCCCCUGUCUUCUGGGACUGAGAUGGAAUAUGUACAGAAAAAUAUUGGAACUGGACUUUACACCUGUGUAAAUCCGCCCUCACCUUCAAGAACAAUACUCGUCAUUUUGUAAAAUACUAGUCUUUAUUUUCUUUUCUUUUUGUAAGAAAAAUUGCAAACAAAAGGAAAAACAUCAUAUGCGCAGUAAGAAAAAAAAAAGAAUCAAGACUUAGCGGGAAUAUAAUGUUUCCAAGCAAUUAUAAGAAUUUGUCCUGUGUCUAUGUACUUCUCUCUGUUUUGUAUUUUUUUCUGGUUCUAAACCAGGCUUUCUGUGAUUCUAUACUAAUAAUUUUUGAUAUAACCUUUUGCUUCUUAUAAUGAGUGCGGUAUAUGUUGUCGAAGCUAUGUUCUCCAAGAAUUAAAAUUGAAGUGAGAAUCUUAAAAAAAAAAAAAAAAAAAAAAAAAAACCCAGGAAAAAAAAAAAU